GGCACGGCAGCCCAGGCUCCCUGCCCCGCGGGGGUUCAGACCGACGGCUCGCACUGCCCUGCGGCGGGAUCCUGGACCGGACUGACCGGGACACACGGCGGACCGAGCCGAGCAGAGGAGCCUGACCGCUCGCUUCGCACCCCGUCGCCCCGGGCGCGUUGAGCCCGCAGCCCGCCGCCGCCGCCCCUUGUGCUGCUCCCGCCCCGGGGGCAUUCCCGGCGCCCCCCGACCCCGGAUCCCGCCCGCCCCGCGACCCGCUCAGCGCUCCCCGAGCCCCGGAGGUGCCCCCGCCGCCAUGUGCUCCCGGGUGUGGUUCGUGACGGACCGGCGCAUCAGCCAGGAGUACCCGCAGGUCCAGAUCCUGCGGGCGCUGAAGCAGCGCUGCGCCGAGGAGGAGGUGGAGUUCCGCUCGCUGCUCAUGGACCAGAUCGUGCUGACCAUCACCGACGGACAGCUGGGGCUGCGUGUGGAGCAAGAGGUGGUGACCUCGUACCCUCAGGUGGCCGUGGUGCGGGUGCCCACCCCCUGGGUGCAGUCGGACAGCGACAUCACCGUGCUGCGCCACCUGGAGAAGCUGGGCUGCCGGCUGGUGAACCGGCCCCAGGCCAUCCUGAACUGCGUCAACAAGUUCUGGACCUUCCAGGAACUGGCGGGCCACGGCGUGCCCCUGCCUGACACCUUCUCCUACGGGGGCCACGACAACUUCCGCAAGAUGAUUGACGAGGCCGAGCCGCUGGGGUACCCCGUAGUGGUGAAGAACGCGCGUGGGCACAGAGGGAAGGCCGUGUUCCUGGCGCGGGACAAGCACCACCUGUCCGACCUGUGCCACCUGAUCCGGCACGAGGCGCCCUACCUCUUCCAGGAGUACGUGAAGGACUCCCACGGGCGGGACGUGCGCGUGGUGCUGGUGGGGGGGCGCGUCAUCGGCUCCAUGCUGCGCUGCUCCACCGACGGCCGGAUGCAGAGCAACUGCUCCCUAGGUGGCGUGGGCAUGAUGUGCCCGCUGAGCGAGCAGGGCAAGCAGCUGGCGGUGCAGGUGUCCAACAUCCUGGGCAUGGACGUGUGUGGCAUCGACCUGCUGCAGCUGGCCGACGGCUCCUUCGUGGUGUGCGAGGCCAACGCCAAUGUGGGCUUCAUCGCCUUCGACCAGGCCUGCGGGAUGGACGUGGCGGGCAUCGUGGCCGACUACGCCCUCUCGCUGCUGCCCAGCCGCCUCACCCGCAAGAUGUCCCUGCUCUCGGUGGUGUCCAGCGCCAGCGAGACCAGCAGCGAGCCCGAGGUGUGCCCGCCGCCCAGCACCAUCCCCGAGGCCGUGUGCACCAUGAGCGUGGGCUCCACCUCCAGCGAGAGCGACCCCGAGCUGGCCGAGACCCGCGACGCCCCGCCGCCCCCCCACCCGGCCCUCCCUGACCCCGCCUACAACAUCAACAAACUCCUCGCCAACGAGAUCAAACUAUUGACUGAGUGAGCCGGGCGCUGCCCGAGCCCGCAGAGCCCUGGCACACUGACACACACACACACACACGCUUACAUACAGACGACACACACGCAGACACAGCCCAGGCUAGCGCACAUGUACAUGCCAAGAUCCAUGCCCACACACGCACAAACGCAUGCGCCUUUCCAUGCUAGUCCAUUGACAAACAUCCACACAGAGGACUGACAGGCUGCUCCCCUAGUUGACCUGCUGUCUGCCCUGUGAAGGAGAGUUUACAGCGCAGCCUGGCACUAGCGAGGCAAGUGCUUAAGUGCAUGACGACAGAAUCAUCAUUUCACCGCAUGAGAGCGAAGGCAAACUGGCAGCAGAUUUGUAGUGCGUUUUAAUUGGUUUAGUCCAGUAAAAUGCACCUGGUACCUGGUACUAUGCAUACUUUUAUGAAAGGUCAACCGCAAAACCGCAACUAAAGAUACUCACCUGACUACUGACAUACUGACGGAUAACUGAAAUGAUUUAGGUGAACUGGAUUGUUUUUAGCUUUUUUUAUUCUGUGGGGUGGGGGGUGGUAGUGGUGUUUUGUAGGAGAAGUGAACUUGAGGACAUUUUGAGAGAAGGCUGGUGUUUGAGUGCAGAGUCUCUUGCCAGGUUUUACAGCACAGCUCUCUGCUACAGCAAGUCUGGCUCUGGUAUCUUAACGUCAUCCUGGGCUUUGGGCUGAAGGAGUCUGACUGCUGCCAAAAGAAACAGGAGCCAGAACAGCUGUAGCACAGAAAGCACCUGCUCUCCAGCCAUUAGGAGGCAAAGGGAAGAGAGAAUAAUGAUUUUCGGCAACACACACCUUACACAGUGCGACUGACCACUUACACGACCCUGACACUGAAGUGUCUUUCCCCAGACUCUUUUGUACUCAAACACUAAUUUUAUCAAGAUAAAUGUGAAGCAGUUUAAGUAGCAUCAGCAACCAGUGGUGUCAUUUGGGGUGUAAGAAAGCAGCAGAUGGUUAUUUGUACUCAGCUGACUGACAAUAAACAGGAUUGGGACCGGUGACUUCCGAGUUAUUGUUCACCGGUGUGGCUAUGAGCAUCAGAUCUCACCUUCCACUGGGCCUUUUACGCACUUUAAGAAAAACGGUUUACAGGUUUCCCAGACAGCGUGGGGGUGUGAGGAGCGCACCCUGACGGAGCUGCCGGGGGUGGACGCAGAGCUGUCCCGCUGUGCGCGGCGAGGACGGGCCUGGGCCCCUCACCUCCGGCGGUCUCCCGGUCCGGCCCCGCUGUCUCGCGGUUCCCCGCCCCUUUCCCCCGGCAGUCAGUGACCAAGAGGUGAACCCCUCGUGCUCGAGGAGCGAGCCCAUCGAAUUUGCAGACCUGCGACUUUCCUUCCACUCUGGUCUUCGACCCCAUGGGUGGGACGCAGCUGGGUUGGGUCGGUUUCAGCUGCUUUAGGGGGAUUUCCUGCAUGAAAGCUUCAUCUUGCAUGACCAUGACCCCCCGGGGGUCCGCAGACCUCUGGGACCCGUCAGUGUCAGUGUGGAUGCAGACCUGCUUCUCUGUCGUUGGCUGGCGAUGAGCACAGGCCACACAGCUCCACCUCUCGAGCCACUCAUAAGACAUGAGCGAUGAGGGGAAUUCCCCAGUCUGAUGCUCUAACUAUGGCAGGAUCACCCUGACCCUGCAAAAUGAUAAACGGCAGACCUGGAGUAGGUCUUGCGCCGAUGACUUCAGUGUAGCAUGAACCGAAGUCUGGAUUCAAGCUAGUCUCAUGAACCUGAACCAUCCCUGCAAUGCACACACGCCUGUUUUAGUGGCAGUAUCUGUAAAGGGAAUUCCUGCUCAUGCAGACUCUUAACCUCAUACAACACUCUGGGAAGCAGCCUGGACCUCAGUCCCCUUCGUCAAGGCAUGAGCAACAUAUCCAUUAGUAGCUAGAGAUCUGCCUAAAAUGUGUAUUGACAAAAAAAUCCACUUUUUAAACUAUGAAAAACACACAGUGUACCAAGAAGGUUAACAUGCUAUUUCUUCUUUGCUUGUUUUAUAAUGUUCAGUGUUUUUUUAUUUAUUGUAUACUUUUUUUUAAAAGGAAAAACUUCGUUUGUGUGCACUAAUGUGUCUCAAUGAAGUGAGACCACUGUGAAGCUUGGCCUUUGUGAGAAAUCUUCCUAACAGCCUGGAAUCCACCAGGAGUCUACACAAGGUGAUAACUGUGAGCUCACCAGUGCUAGUGGUCCCACUGGAGAGAGAAAAGGUGUCAGUGGUCAGUGCUGCACCAGCAAAAAUAGUUUAUUGCAUUUAUUGCAUUAUGUAGAUGGAUUAUAUCUUGAAGCGGACUGUGAAAUUAGUGGCUCACCAGAAGACUGUGGGAUGUGUAGAUAACAACUCUCUCUGUUAGCUGAAUAGUGCCAAUUGUGUGCAUUUUCCUGCUCUUAACCUUCUUAAUCCAUUUCUGUGACUAAAUGUGAUCUGUGUGAUUCUCUGUCUUUGUAUCUUGCUUACACUGUGACCAGGCAUGCAGACUGCUCGAUUCAGAAUCGCUCUGUCUCUGACACAUCUGGGAGCAGGGAUAUUGGAAGCCCAUUAGUGAGGCACUGCGGUCUGAAGCACGUGCGUCACCGAGCCAUUUCCCACUCGAUCUGCUUUUCUUCAGCAAAGCGACUUUUUAGGAGCUGUUUUUUUCUUGAAUGUCUAGUUUAUGUGGCUGCCGGUCUAAGCAGGAAUACACUCAGAGGCUCAAGCAGAACAGCCACCAAAAUACAGCAGAGAAUACUCAACAAGAGGGUGAUCAAAAGGCAGAAUAACAGGAUACAUCCGUUCAGCAUUCUUUUAGAUAACACUACGUACAUAACUCCGAUCACAACCACUCUUGAGUCCGGUUCGUUUAGACAGAUCCCAUAAUACGCAGUUAUGACGAGAGUUUCAUGCUGUGAUAGUUCUCUCACAUGAACCAUGCCCAUAUUGUUGCACUGAUCUCCUGGUAGAAUGGUCUUUCGGAAGAAAGUGCAUUUCUUCGCUAUCAGCAAUCAGAGUAAUCGGAUCUUUUUUUUUAGUCGAAAAAUGUCUGUCUUAAAUUCUGCUCCCCAUUAUGAAGCUCUGAAAAACUGAAAACUGCAUCUCACCUUCAAAGACACAUACAAGGGAAUUCUUGCAACAUCUGAGUUUACCAAAAGCUACCCAGUGGUCAGAUUUACUACUUACAGGCUUUUGUGAACUCUGAAGUCAAAAUGCCAAAAAACACAAAACAUUUUCAUUUUCAGUAUUGUGCAUUAACAAUGGAAACUAUUGCAUGUCAUUUUUUUUAAAAAUAAUUAGUCCUUCACAGUUUUGAGUAGCCUUGAGAUAUUUGAGAUGGAAUAUUUCCAUUAGUCUAAAAUAGCAAGGACACGCUGUGGAGGCCACAAGCUUCGCAAUGAAACGACAUGUCAUUUGAAGGUUGAACGAUUUGAACAAUGGAAGGGUCACACCAGUCUUAAAACAAGUUUCUCCUUUUAGUAUUCAAAUUUAAAGUACUAGGAUACUGGACAUGUCACUGCUGUUGUCUUGCGCCUUGAUUUCGAGAAGCUGGCCUGAAUCACAGCAGCCACCACACCUCUUCCUAGCUGUGUUGAGGGACAGCGGUCAUUGGUUUCUAACACUUCACACAGAUUGGAACAGUGGCUUUUCCAUUAGUUCACCAGUUCCGGAUCUCAGUAGCCGAGUGUGGGUUUAAACCAACUUGGCAAUUGAAACUUGCUAUCGUACUGCUUCUGGGCUUUCUCACUAAGGUUUCAGAACAGACGUCUUUAAAGAUUCAAUUCUGUCUUUUCGAAUAUUUAUGCAGUUCGACGGUUACACUGUAAUGCCAUUUAAAAGCAGUGUAAAUGAAAUAGCACUUUAGAUAUCUCUUUAUGUGAGGAUUCCAUUUAACAGAAUCCCGCCCCCUCAAAAAUGCAUUGGAAUGUAAUAUCAUUUCAUUUAGCGCACAGUGAUCCUUUAAAGCAAGGAAGACGGCAAUCGAUAAAAUUCAAACGCCUUCCUAACCGUGAAUCUGUUUGAAGUGUGUUAAUGCAUUUUCAUGUGCUCAUCUCUUGCAACUGCUGUCUGGCAAGGUGUUUUU